AUGGCUACACUGGCGUCAGUAUAUGCCAACUGGGUGCCUCAGGAAAACAUUCUCACCACCAACCUCUGGUCCGCGGAGCUGUCGAAACUCGCAGCCAAUGCGUUCUUGGCGCAAAGAAUCUCCUCCAUCAACGCCAUCUCUGCCCUUUGCGAGUCAACGGGUGCCAACGUGUCCGAAGUGGCCUUCGCCAUCGGCAAGGACACUCGCAUUGGGAAGCGCUUCCUCCAAUCCAGCGUUGGCUUCGGUGGCUCUUGCUUUCAGAAGGAUAUUCUGAACCUGGUGUACAUUUGCGAGUGCAAUGGGCUCACAGAGUGCGCCAAGUACUGGCAGCAGGUGAUCGACAUCAACGACUACCAGAAGAACCGCUUUGUGAAGAGGAUCGUGUCGUCCAUGUUCAACACGGUGUCGGGCAAGAAGAUCGCCAUCUUCGGGUUCGCGUUCAAGAAGGACACUGGCGACACCCGCGAGACGCCCGCCAUCGACGUGUGCCACGGGCUGCUCAACGACCGCGCGUACCUCCACAUCUACGACCCCGAAGUCACUGAGGAGCAGAUUCGGAGGGAUCUGGGCACAGGCAAGUUCGAGUGGGACCAUCCCCUCCCGAUGCAGUCGCCCACUUCCAUGGAUGCCUCCUCACGCGUCACCGUGGACUUAUCUCCUUAUGAAGCAGCCAAGGACGCAUCGUGCAUCGCAGUGAUCACCGAGUGGGACGAGUUCAAGACUCUGGAUUACCAGAAGCUGUACGACGGCAUGCAAAAGCCCGCGUUUAUCUUCGACGGGAGGAAUGUUUUGGACGUGGAGGCGCUCAGGAAGAUUGGGUUCAUUGUGUACUCGAUUGGGAAGCCGCUUGAUCCCUGGGUGAAGGACCUGGCGAUCUCGAUCUAG